UAACAUCGCUUUAAACUUAAAAACAUAGUUGAAUCAGAUAUCAGUGUAUAUGAGCGAGUGAUCUUCAAAACGUGGGAUACGAAAAAGCAUUGCAUAUUACAUCUGUACUAUGUAAAUUCUGUGCCUUGUUAGUAGAGAAACACGAAAUUCCAUAUCUCAUAUUCCAUAAUAUACAUUACACCGUGUUCUGUAUAGUCGAUAGUCUGUGUCCAUGAGUUCAAGUCAGAAUCUGGAAGCGUGUGUAUGAUGUUGUGAUUGUAUAUUUUUUAUGUUAGUGAGAAAUAUUUAUGUUAUAAAAUAUACAUGAAUUACAACUAAUAAUUUCUAAUGAAUAAAAGAAUUUGCUCUUAACAGUGUUAAGUAACAAGAUUUUUGAAAACUAUUUCUCUCAGAUACAUUAGAAAAUAUGGCACACUAUAAAGGAGCAGCCAGCGAAGCUGGCCGAGCAAUGCAAUUGAUGAAAAAAAGAGAAAUUGCUCAACAAGAAAUAGAAUUAAGGAAAAAGAAAAUAGAAGAUGACCUAAAGAUUCAUAACAUAGAAAAUAAAUUUGCAACUCAUUACAAUGCAGUUGAACAACAGUUGAAAACUUCUACUAUUGGUUUAGUCACCUUAAAUGAAAUGAAAGCAAAACAAGAGAAUAUUGUAAAAGAACGUGAAAGAAAAUUAGCACAAAAGGAACGUGAGAAGGAACAAGAAAAAGAAAGAGCUUUAGCUGCAAAGCAAGCUGAAAAAAAUAAGCAGAAGAAACAAAUACAAGCUUUGUCGUUUAAUUUAGAUGAAGAUGAAGUAGAACUUUCUGAAGAGGAGAUAGAAUCAAAAGCAGAAACAUUAAAAGACAAUGAUAUUGGACCAGUAAUAAAAAAGAUAAAGAAAAAUCCAGAUGUAGAUACGAGUUUUCUGCCUGAUAGAGAAAGAGAAGAAGAGGAGAACAGAUUAAGGGAAGAAUUAAGACAAGAGUGGGCUAGAAAACAAAAUGCAUUAAAAGAAGAAGAGAUUGAAAUUACUUUCAGUUACUGGGAUGGUUCUGGACAUAGAAGAAGCGUUAUUAUGAAAAAAGGUAAUUCCAUUUAUCAACUUCUUCAGAGAUGUUUAGAAGUUUUAAGACGUGAAUUCAGUGAACUUAAAACAGUCAUGGCUGAUCAAUUAAUGUAUGUCAAAGAAGAUCUUAUUUUGCCACAUCAUUAUACAUUUUAUGAUUUUAUUGUAACAAAGGCAAGAGGAAAGAGUGGACCUCUUUUUACAUUUGAUGUUCAUGAUGAUAUCCGUGUUAUGCAUGAUGCUUCUGUUGAAACAGAAGAAUCUCAUGCUGGAAAAGUAUUACUUAGAUCUUGGUAUGAAAGAAAUAAACAUAUAUUUCCUGCCAGUCGAUGGGAACCUUUUGACCCAACAAAAAGUUAUGAUAAAUACACAAUAUCAGAUAAAAACAGGAAAAAAGAUAAAAUUUAAUGAAAAAUAGCUUGUAUAGGAAAUAAUUGUACAAAAGAAUUAAUACAUAUUGUGUUCAGUAAAAGAAAAUUGUUAUUUUAGGAGAAUUUUUUGUU